AUGACCCUCUUCAUCCUAACCGAGACCAGUGCGGGCUAUGCCUUGCUCAAGGCAAAGGACAAGAAGCUCCUCAAGCGUGAUGAUCUCGCAGCAGAGACCGAGACUGCAGAGGGGAUCUCUAACCUUAUGAAAUUGAAGAACUUCCAGAAAUUCGAUAGCGCCACUACUGCCUUGGAGGAGGUUGCGUCUAUUAUUGAGGGAAAGGUCACACCCCGUUUGGCCAGCCUUCUCGAGACCAUCAAAGAUGAGAAGAAAGUGUCGUUAGCUGUUGCAGAUGUCAAACUUGGCAAUGCGAUUGGCAAGCUACCAGGUCUAUCCAUCCAGCCUAUUGCCGAUGGCAACACUGCUGAGCUUUAUCGUGCUAUCAGAGCCCAUCUCCCAACUCUUAUUCCUGGAUUGGUGCCCGCUGAUAUGUCCACGAUGUCCCUGGGUCUAUCCCACUCUCUUGCUCGACACAAGCUCAAGUUCUCUCCUGACAAGAUUGACACCAUGAUCGUCCAGGCAAUUUCUCUUCUUGACGAUCUUGACAAGGAGCUCAACACCUACGCUAUGCGUGUGAAGGAGUGGUACGGCUGGCAUUUCCCCGAGCUGGCUAAGAUCCUAAACGACAACAUGGCAUAUGCCAAGGUUGUUCUUAAGAUGGGCAUACGCAGCGACUCGGAAACCACAGAUCUUUCAGAAAUUUUGCCUGAGGAGAUUGAAUCCGCCGUUAAGAUGGCUGCUAACAAAUCCAUGGGUACUGAGAUCAGCAAUGAGGAUCUUGAAAACAUUCAGUCUCUAGCCGAACAGGUUGUUGGAUUCUCUGAAUACCGCCAGCAGCUUGGCAACUACCUUUCCGCUCGUAUGGCCGCCAUUGCUCCUAACCUUACUGCAUUGGUUGGCGACUUGGUCGGUGCUCGAUUGAUUGCACAUGCUGGAAGCUUGAUGAACCUCUCCAAGAGCCCCGCCAGUACUAUCCAGAUCCUCGGUGCCGAGAAAGCCCUGUUCCGCGCUCUUAAGACUAAGCACGACACUCCCAAAUACGGUUUGAUCUAUCACGCUUCGCUCAUCGGUCAAGCCACCGGUAAAAAUAAGGGUAAAAUGGCCAGAGUAUUGGCUGCUAAGGCUGCAAUUGGUCUCCGUGUCGAUGCUCUGACUGACUGGACCCCUGAUGCCGAUGGCAAUGAACCAACUGAGGAAGAAAAGAGUGCUCUCGGAAUGGAGUCAAGAUACUACCUCGAGAAGAAGCUUGCGUUCCUCGAAGGAAAGCCACUCAAGCCCAGGGGUGUUGCCAUUGCUCCAAACGGCGUUGAGUCUGCUCAUCCUAAGAAAUGGGAAAUCAACGAAGCCAAGAAAUACAACCCUGAUGCCGAUGCGCUAGUUGGCGACGAGGAUGCUGGCGUAAAGAAAUCCAAGAAAGAGAAGAAGUUGAUCCAGGAGGUUGAGUCCGAAGAUGAGGAGAUGAAGGAUGCUGGUUCGGACGAGGAGGAAGACUCAGAUGACGAAUCCGAGGAGGAGAAGCCCAAGAAGGAGAAGAAAUCCAAGAAAGAAAAGAAGUCAAAGAGCAAGGGUGAUGACAACGUCGAAGAAUUGGCCGAGAAAGCUGGCCUCAGCGUCAAGAGAUAUCUCCGAAAACUCGAAAGAGGCGAGAUUUCCUUCGACAAGGAUGGCAACCCGUCCUCCAUCAGCAAAAAGGACCUGAAGAAAGCCAAGAAGGAGGCUAAGAAGGCCGAGAAGGACGCCGGAACGAAGCGAAAGCGAUCAGAGGUAGUUGAAGAGGCAGAUGAAUCUAGGAGCGACAAGAAGAAAAAGAAGAAGAGCAAGGCUUAA